CCCCUCCUAACCCCGGCUUUCAGUCUUCGAUGUCCCGUCGUCGUGGCUCCGAUCUAGAGAGUCGACGAUUGAGUUCGCAGACCGAACAUGUGCCACAAGCCCUAACGUAUCGCCCGACUACCUGGGAGCGGGCACCUACAGCACUCGACUCGAGCAGGAAUCGUUACGCGGCCGGCUCCCAUUCGAAUCCGACCACUCCGAGGACCUUUGGAGGGAGGGACAUUUCACCGGAAUCGCAAGGCUCAUAUGGCAGCCGGAGACCCUCUGCACCGGAAUCACUAUUACCACCCUCUCGCGCAUCCACCUACCGACCUUCACAUCUGUCAUAUCCUGCGCCCCGGACGUACAACUCGUCCCCACUUGUCUCGCGUACAGCGGACGUAAAUGAGGGGCCUGUCACCCCCCGCGCAGCCGAGGGGACGGAAUCUACCGUGUCAACAACCGCGCCAUCUACGGUUUGGGAUGAACUGGAAGAUCUCAAAUCUCGCAUACAUCGGCUCGAGCUGACAGGGAAGCUACCAGCGACGUCUGGUGCGGCAAUGUCUCGAGCUUCUAACGACCGCCCCCCGACUGCAACAACCACAGUUACCACCAUGUCGUCGUCUCCAAAGCGCGGCCGUGGUAAUAGCAUCUCACCACCUGAUUCCGUAAACGUGGAACCUUCACCAACAAAUACUCAUCCCCUUCUGAGUUCUGCCUUGGCAAAAUCAAAGCCAUUGCUGAGUGCGGAAGUAUACAAGGCUCUAGAGGCCACUACUACGGAUGCACUCGCAAUUGCUGUAAUGAUGGGAACAUCAGGUCAACCUGGGCCAAUAUCUAGCUCUCAAUCGACGGUGGGUGCAUCGACCAACACUGUCUCGGAUAGACAGGUUCGCCGGAAGGCGGACAGCUUGUGCCGGAGUUUGACGGAACUCUGUCUGGCUUUGUCUGAAGACAAGACUGAACAGGCUCAGCCGGCGGACAAGCCAUUAAAACGGCCGAGGAGCAACACUGAGACAGGGAACCAAGCAGACAGCGUCCAGCGGCCACCCGUCAACGCCGAUCUUACACGGAUCAAGGCCAGCCCAAGAGCUUUGAGUCGGCUUGAGGCCCGAAGAAGCAGUCUUCUGGCCACAAGUUCACUACCAAGCCCGAGAUACACGCCAUCAGAGGUCAACACGGUCAACACGGUCAACACUCCUACUCAGUCUGCAAUGGCAGGUCGCAGAUCAUCUCUGUUGCUAAGGAGCCGUCGUGCAGGUACCGAGGAACCCGAGGAGGAAGAUGAAUCUCGGUUCCGAGCGCCAUCGAGGGCCGCCACUGAGCUUGGUCGUCUUCGGAACUCUCCGCGCGAAUAUGCUUCUCAGCAAUCUUUAUCAGAAAACCGUCUGCCAUCUACGCAAUCCUCUCUACCCGUCAGGAGACAUUACAUAUCAACCAGUCUCACGAAUACUGCGGGACAGCCUGCUAGCAGUCCCUUGAAUCUAAAUAGCCGGAGAUUCUUAGAUCGGUCGACGCCGGAGCGAGAUACGCCCAGUGUGGCGGGAAGAAUGGUGGAGGAUCGUAUGCAGAGGAAGUCCUCCAUCGGGCAGGGCUUCACCUUCGGGCGAACAGCCAGCAUCUCGAGGCCAACGAGACCAUCGAAUGCAGCAGAUUCACCAAGAGCAGGGCCGGCCGGCGGUUACCAAUAGCAUCAGCGCGCAGACAUGACAGACAUCAGACAUCACAAACAUCACAGACAUCAGAAAUCAGACAUCGCAGACAUCGCAAACAUCACUUGUAGUAACACCCAAACAUCGGAGUUUGGAGAAAUCGGUUCUUUUUACUUUUUCUUGGAGUCAACAUCUUUGCGGCGUCAGGCUCGCCUGUCUUCUCUUUUCAUUUGUU